AUGCCCUUCUGGCUCAGACGGGGCCGGUCGAAGGCCAGCCAAAAUGCACCCCAGGACUCAGCAGCAGCGGCAGCAAACCCAGGUCAGCAGCCGGUAUCGAGGGAUCACCUGAGUUUGUUAGGCGAACAAAAGGAUGAGCAGUGUGACUCGAGGGAGGGUGGGAGACAGUCUAAAUGCGUCGUCCUCGUCCCUGCAGCUGCUCACGGGGCAUCACCCACUACCGCGAUGGAGGCGCGGCCUUCGCUUUUCAGGCGGACUAUCUCUAGUCUCUCAACCAAAGUCAUGCCGAAGAUGAGGUCGGACAGCAGCAAAACCUCAUCGAGAGAUCAAGGAGGACACCAGACAGCGCAAAAUGGAGAGGGAAGACUGGGAAAGGCAUCCAGCGGGGGGAAGCAGUCAAACGAGGGGGCCGUCUCAACAGAGACGGAUCAUGCAAAGAGAGGUUUCCACGGCUUACGGCAGCGAUUUCACACUACCGCUUUUCAGGCGGACUAUCUCUAG